AUGGCUCUCUUUAGGCACACGAAGAUGCUAAUCCUAUUCGCAAACAUCGGCAUUGUAUUGGGGGUUGGGGUCUUCAUGGCCGGAUAUUUCUGCCCUCCUCCAACGCUGGCAUCCGAUCAAAACCUCGAACAGGCUGGGUUGGAAAAGGCUGGAGUGGAUGAAUAUGAUCCCCAGCCGUCUGCGCCUUUCGAGAAAGUUGUUUUUAUGGUUAUAGAUGCGCUACGCAGGUGCGACACUGCCUUUAAAUGCUCGCUCCGAAUACGUGGGCUAAGCCGGCUGACAUCUGUACCUAGUGACUUCGUCUAUGAGGAAGACUCGGGCUUCAACUUUACGCGGAGUCUCAUAAAAUCCGGCUCCGCAAUUCCGUUCACUGCUCUUGCUGCCCCGCCCACCCUAACCCUGUCGCGGAUUAAAGCCAUGACGCAGGGCAGCGGGCAAUCUUUCCUCGACGCGUGGCUCAAUGUCAUGCACUCCGCCGACGCAAGACGCCUUGUGGGGGAGGAUACAUGGUUGUCCCGCCUCAAGUCAGAACGUGCGCCGGAAAAGAAGAUGGUCUACUACGGCAUCGACAUGUGGUGUAUGCUGUACCCGGAGAUAUGGGACCGCUUCGAAACGGUUGACUCCUUUUAUCUACCGAACUUCAGCGAGGUUGACAGCAACGUUACAAGGGGAUUGGGCUCAGAACUCGACAGAGAUGACUACAAGGGUCUGGUCCUGCACUACCUUGGUCUUGAUAAUGCAGCUCAUUUUGGAGGUGCUGGAAGCUCGAUCGUGAGAGCAAAGCAAGUCGAAAUGGACGACGUAGUCCGCCAGAUAUACUCUGGCUUAGAGAGGCUGUCCCAUCACCAAAACACUCUAUUCGUCCUAGCUGGCGACCACGGGAUGACGGAGAACGGCAACCACGGCGGUGAUUCAGCCGCGGAAAUUGCUUCUGCUCUGGUAUUCAUCUCGCCGAAGUUCAAAUCGCUGGGAAAGGCACUGCCGAAUUCCAACCCGCACAGUUCGGAGUAUAAUUAUUAUUCUGUUGUUAACCAGGUUGACAUUGUCCCGACACUGUCGACACUCCUGGGGGUCUCAAUUCCCGUGGGAAGUGUGGGUGUUUAUAUCGACGAGCUACUUGCACUUUUCCCCCAGGCGGGUGACCAGGCGGGCGUCUUAAUGCGCAAUGCCCAGCAGAUGAUCAGCCUUCUGCGUCUGAAAUAUAAUCUAGAAAUGCCGGUGAAUCUAGAUCUGUGUGAUGGAACGUGUCUUUGUGGUUCGGACAGAGUGCGCCGCGUUUUGUGUCUAUGGGAGAGGUUCAAUUCUGGAGAACCUGGGACAGCGUGGGGUAGGGAUUCCCACACGCAAGAUGCUUUGCAGUUGCUAAAGGAAGUCUGCGUCGAGGCCCAGCAGGUUCUUGGUGUGCCGCAUAAUAAUCUCAACUUCUCCCGCAUGGGCACGGGCAUAGCACUGCUAUCUUUCGUGGUAGUUAUUCUAUCAUCAAGCCUACUCUUUCACCACAAUAAGUAUAAUGACUCUGAUCGGCUAAUUGCGGGAAUUUUCGCCGUUCUCCAAGGUACAACAAUGUUCUCUAGCCGCCUAGUGGCAGAGGAACACCAUUUCUGGUAUUGGACAUCACUCGCAUGGGUUGUUUAUAUAGGACUCCAACGAUCAGCCCCAGGAAAUGCCAGAACAAGAGUCGUAUUUCUCGCUCUCCUACAUAUUGCCGGACAGAGCUUGAACCCGGCUGCGGAAACGCCCUGGGGCGCCGGGACGUUUCUGCAUGGCGUCCUCGACGACAACCCACUAUGGCUGUGGAUUCUAGCGGCGGGCGCGCAUGUCGUGGCAGCACGAACGCUUUCCGAAAGUAUCAGUGUGGCCCUCGGCGUAAAUAGGUCCGCCUCAACACUCCUUGCGUGGUUCGUGUGCGCCUUGACGGUGCUUUUCAAAAUGAGCUCAACGCAUACUUUCAACCCCGAGCUCCUGGACUUUCUACCUCCAAGGCUCCAGUUAACCUUCACCGGGGAUGUUGGAGAUUUAGCCCUCUGGACGUUGUGGAGCGGGCUAUUGGCCCUAUGCAUCUUGUUGCUUGCUAGGCGCCAGUCCGUGAGCGUGAACCAUCAUUCUAGACAAGCCAUACUUACCGCCGUCGUUGAACUCGCCAAUGUUUAUCUCCGCGCCCAAGCCCGCCCAAAGAGCCUCAUCCUAUUCCUGAUCUUCGACCUGCAAAUUCACUGCCUCGUGUCCAUCUUCUCAAAUGCCGAUGCAAAGCCCUCCACAAUAUCCCUCACCGUCCUCCUCCUCACCCAAAGUGCCUUCUUCUCUGGCGGGCGCAACAACUCCCUCGCCUCACUGGACAUGAUGAACGGAUACAAUGGCAUCUCACACACGGACAGCAUGCUGAAUGUCAUACUCGUCUCACUGCAAACUAUCUUAAGCAACUGGAUCGGACCCGUCUGGUGGUCUCUUGCUGGGUUACGGCUUCUAAGCGCGACAACGACAUCAAAGACCCGAGCCUCUAGCUUGCAAGCCUUUGUAGAGUACGCCACUUACCAAGCAUUAUUUUCUGCGAUUGGUGCUCUGGCCAUGAUGGCGUCGUGUCUUUGGUGGCGCGAUGAUGCCGUGCUGUGGACGGUUCUGGCGCCCAAAUAUGUCAAUUCUGCGCUUUGGGUCGCGUUUCAUCAGUUGCUGGUUAACGGGGUUCUGUGUGCGGGGUUGUGGUUUGGAGUCGCUAUGUAG